GGUGGGAUGGCGAUGUGGAUGAGGAAGAGGAUGAAGAGUGUGUCAGGCAGUCAUGUGAGUGUGUGUCCGUCAAAACCGCUGUCUGACUCACAUACUGCCUGACCAUCGCCUGUCUGCCCGCCUUCUCUUUGUCUGCUAUCUUCUUUCUGAUCUCCUUGCCCACCGUCUCGUGCAGCUCCUCUUUGUGCAUCCUGGCUAGCUGAGCGCGCUUGUAGACGGCAUCUCCCUCUCCUGGCGGAAUGCUGUGCUCGACGAGGUACUGGGCGUGGCGGGAUGGCAGCUUGUGGUAGUUGUUCUUCCACUUGGUCACCUUCUGGCCCGCCGUCAGCGCGUUCGUCUGUUGCCGCUCCGGCCAUGUGCCCUCCUCUGGCACAUACUCCCUGGGCGGGCGCCUCACGCGUUCGCUCCGUCGUGGCUCCUCGUCCUCCUGCCCGUCAUCCGCCGCAAAUUCGUCUGGGACGCCCAUCUGCGGAGGCUGCGGUAGCUGCUGCUGCUGCUGAUGCUGCUGGUGGUCAUCACCACCGUCUCCCAGCUCCCCUCUGCCCCCUCUUGCUCGUCAGCUGGUGGCUCCUCGGCUGGCGCAGCAGCAGGGGGGGCGGGCUCUUGUGCUGGUGGUGGUGGUGGGUGUGAUGCGAUGAUGGGUGGGAAGUCCUCAGGGACCGCUGGUGGGGCGUCUGUGCCGACCUCCACCCCCCUCUCGGCCCACGUGCUGAAGAAGGGCUCCCUCCCCUCCUUCUGGUCCAGCCAGGGGAAGCGCAGCUCAUUGCAGGUGAAGCUCCUCCCCGACACCACCUUGCCUGUCGAAUGCAGCAGCACGCGCACCGAGUCACGCACGCCGCUCUCAUCCGGCCCCAGGUAGUAGCCGUACCGCCCCUUGGGCUCCAUGACGCUCUGCUUGGCCAGCCGGAUGGUCGCGUGGCAGCCGAAUGCCCGCAGUGUGCUCGUGUCGGGCUUCUUGCCAUGGUAUGCCUCGUAUGGGGUCAU